AUGUCACUGGAACACACCCAAGCGGUGUUCGGCCUGCUGUCCGUCUUUGCGACCUCCCACCGGGUAGAACACGAAAGGGUCAACGCGGAAUACGAGGCACGAAAGGGGCUACAUGCCAAGGCGAUCGAGUGCCUCCAACGUCUCCUCGACGAGCUCGACGAGGCGUGCGAGUUCUCCUGUCAUUCAGCAGCCGAAGCGGUUGUCUCCUCUUCCCCGACCGAAGCCGCCAACUCGUUUGCAGCAGAGGCCAGCAAGUUCCACGCGGCCCGUUCGAGACAAUACAACGACACAAUUAGCCGGGCUUGGAGAAUAACAAGAUUGCCGGUACCGGAGCCCCAAGAGCUCGCCAAUGGGACCGUGAAGAAGCCCCUGUCUCCGACGGUUGUUACAGCAUCGAGGCGCACGUAUAAGCCAUGGCCAACCGCAGACGCGGACUUUUCGCGGCCCGCGCUGAAACCCAUCACCUUCAAGAUGGAACGGGAUACACUCCCGCGGCUGCCGGGGGACAUGAGCGGCGCAGUGCACAUCCGGAGACAGCUCGACGAACAGGAGGAGGCGGACGAACAGGCGCGGACGCACAGAUGGCUGAAGGAUAUCGGGCAGCACCCGGACGAUGAGGACGACGAGGGCGAGGACUCAGAACCUCGAGGCCAAAAGAGGCGCGCAGAGGACGAGCUGGAUUCACCCCCAGUAAGAGAACCAAGGAGGCAGCCACCCGGCCCAAGAAACGACGCCUCUGCAACCGGCAGCACGCAAAACAAAUGCUUCGUAAAUGAUGACUCGGAUGGCGAGGGGCCGAGGAACACCAACCCGACGAACAAGGACCCCGGCGGCGUGGGCGGCGCGCCGACCCCGCCGCCCGAGGAACCUCUCCCCGAGAUCCCGCCGCCCGUCAUCGUGAUGGAAAACUUGCGCGACACGUUCGGCGACGGAGAGGACGACAGGAGGGCCCGGCGCUACCGCGACUGGUUCGCGUCUCUCAUCGCCCUCACGGAGUCGACGCCGGGGUCCAUCACUGCUCCGGGCUUCCUGGCGCGCUACGGGCAGAGGAAGAAGCUCGAGAAGCUGAAGACGGCGCUGGGGCACAUGUCCGUCAGGCCCUUUGAGAAGCGGCAGGCGACGCAGCGGAGGAUCAAGUCGCUCGAGGGCGGCAUGAAGCAGUGCGGGGAAGCGGCGGUGAAGCUCACGGAUAUGGAGCUGGCGGGGGAAUGGGAGGUGAAGAAGAGGCAGGAGGGCCUGGAAGAGUGCUACGGGAAGAUGGGCCGGGACGCGGCGGCGCUGGAGAACCAGCAGAGAGAGCUGGCGUCGCAGGUGGCGUUGGAAGAGAAGAUAUUUGUCGGCGGCGUGGAGCACGGUGAUUGCUUCCUCAGCUGGAUCACCAAAACGAGGAACAACGUCUACUGGGAGCUCGGCUUUGCCGAUCGGACACGGGAGAAGCCGGAAAGAAUCAAGGUUGGCCGUCAAACGUAUUACUCAGUUUGA